ACGUGGCCGAGGACGGAAGGGGGCGGGGCGCGCGGGAAGUGCUGCCGCGUCCUCACUGACUGAAUGGGCGGCGGCAGAGCGUGUGUGCACUGCUGAGGCUGCUGCUCGCUUGAGACCCAAAGGUUGCAUGUCUCUACCCGGCUGGACAGUAAGGCCGGCGUCUGCGGAGACCCGGCAACAUAGGAGGAGGGAAAAGGCAGCCAGAGACAGUCCCAGCGCCCCUUUCGGAGGUUGAAGGGCCCUAGCUUUCGUGGGGGUCAUGGCAUCGCUGGCGGACCGAGUGCGAGGCAACGGGCGCAUCGCUGCCGGACUCCUGCUCAACCUGCUGGUGUCCAUCUGCAUCGUGUUCCUCAACAAAUGGAUCUAUGUGCACCACGGCUUCCCCAACAUGAGCCUGACCCUGGUGCACUUCGUGGUCACUUGGCUGGGCUUGUAUGCCUGCCAGAAGCUGGACAUCUUUGCCCCCAAAAGUCUGCCGCCUUCCAAGCUCCUCCUCCUGGCGCUCAGCUUCUGUGGCUUCGUGGUCUUCACCAAUUUAUCUCUGCAGAACAACACCAUAGGCACCUAUCAGCUGGCUAAGGCCAUGACCACACCGGUGAUCAUAGUCAUCCAGACCCUCUUCUACAAGAAAACCUUCUCUGUCAAAAUACAGCUCACGCUGAUUCCUAUAACUUUAGGUGUAAUCCUAAAUUCUUAUUACGAUGUGAAGUUUAAUUUCCUUGGAAUGGUGUUUGCUGCUCUUGGUGUUUUAGUUACAUCCCUUUAUCAAGUGUGGGUAGGAGCCAAACAGCAUGAAUUGCAAGUAAAUUCAAUGCAGCUGCUGUACUACCAGGCCCCUAUGUCAUCUGCCAUGUUGCUGGUCGCCGUGCCCUUCUUUGAGCCAGUGUUCGGAGAAGGAGGAAUAUUUGGUCCUUGGUCACUCUCUGCUUUACUGAUGGUCCUGCUUUCUGGAGUAAUAGCUUUCAUGGUGAACUUAUCGAUUUAUUGGAUCAUUGGGAACACUUCACCAGUCACCUAUAACAUGUUUGGACACUUCAAAUUCUGCAUUACUUUAUUUGGAGGAUAUGUUUUAUUUAAGGAUCCGUUGUCAAUUAAUCAAGGCCUUGGCAUGUUGUGUACAUUAUUUGGCAUUCUCGCCUAUACCCAUUUUAAACUCAGUGAACAGGAAGGAAGUAAGAGUAAAUUGGUACAGCGUCCUUAAUUGGGUGUUUGUGGCGGAAAGGAAGUCGCUUCAAGAAGAUUUUCUAGAAGUGUGAAGUAUGCAAUUAAAAAAGUUGCUUUCAAAGAAGAAACAAAAAUUAUAUUGCCGAAUUCAUUACACGAUGGGUCCCAAGAAGUAACACAAAGGAAAUUUUAUUCUAAAUGUGACGUUCCCUUUUAGAGCACCUUUUGAAAAAACUUAAUGCUCUGAGACAUGGCUCAUGCUUCUUUUCAAAUGAUUAUAUGAAGUAUAUUGGAUGGUUUGGUUAUAUCAAAUGAAGUACUUGAAAUUACAGUUCUGUAAUGGUGACAAAGGAAUUCAUAUCUUUUUAAGGACACACAGGAAUCCUCUAUGUGCUCGUAGGUGGUCCCCAGUGUGAGCUCUAUUAUCAUUUAGGCCAAAGUAUUCAAGUCAGAAUUUAAAACUAGCCUUUCUAUUUUAGUUGUUUUAGUAUAACGUCCCACUUUUUUUGUUUAUAGAAAUGAGAUAGUGAUUUCUAGAAAUCAAAGUUGAGUCAAGGAGACCAGAGGACAAAAUCCAGUUCUAAAAGUACCAUUUCCCUAGGAGAAAAUUGAUGUAAGAAGUUAGAUAUUAUCAAUAAACUGCAGCUUCUCUGGAAAUUCCCUUGGUUUUUGAAUUCUCAGUGAACUCUAGAAACCAUACCUGAAGUUAAAAACCAAAAUAGCUCCAUGUUUAAAUGGCCCAAAGAAAAGACUACAGGAGGAACUGAGCAGGUUUCUUCUCACCUUGGUGACUGUUCUUCCCUCUUUGAGCAUUUCAUGUUAGUAAUUUCUUUCCUUUUCUAUUUCUUUCUUUCUUUUUCUUUUUCUUUUUUUUUUUUUUCUUUUUGGUCUUUGUCUUUUUAGGGUCGCACCCUCGAUAUCUGGAGGUUCCCAGGCUAGGGUCAAAUCGCAACUACAGCUGCCAGCCGAUACCACAGCCACAGCAACUGGAUCCAAGUCACAUCUGCGACCUACAGCACAGCUCACGGCAACACUAGAGCCUUAACCCUCUGAGCAGGGCCAGGGAUCGAACCCACAUCCUCAUGGAUGUUCUUAACCUGCUGAGCCACAGCGGGAACUCCUCAUGUUGGUAAUUUCUUAAGACCCCCCCUCCCUGCUGUCACUCCCUACCCUCCCACAUUAAGGCAUCCUUGAUGCUUUCUUUGACACCAAUGGGUUUGGAGUGAAGUAAGUUAGCCUUUCUAAGGGGGCUGAGGAAAAUUCUUGAGCAGCAAGUCAAGGCAAAUGUUAUCAAAGACCAAGCAGAAACUUGGCGAAAAUAUUAGGAAAGAUUUGAAAGGGAAGUGGAGAAAUAGUCAAUAUGUAUCGAGUUCCAUGAGUUUUUUGGUUUUUUUUAACAAGUUCCGUGAGUUUUUAAAGGGAUAAUUUUUUAAAUUAAAUUAUGGGGGAAUGACAUAGUUUCUGCUUAAGGAAAUAAUUGUGCCACAUAUUUAACUGCAAAAUGUAUUUCUGCUUUCAGCUUUUGCCAUUUGAGCAUUCAAAGCAGUUGUUGAUAACCUGUCACAAUAAAUUCACCGAGGCAGAUGAUUCCUCUUGUAAUAAAGAAUUCUUUUUCUAAAUAUUAUUUAGAAACUUUAAAUGAGAAAACUCUUGAGGACAGGGAGCCACUUGUAUAAAAUGUACCUUUUAGGCUUUUUUUUUCCUGGCCUGUUUAAAUGAAAAGCCUCACUGAAAAUCUGUUUUGACACAGUUUCAAUGUAUCAAUCAAUCUGUUGUGAUUAGUAUGUGCAGUUUCUGUUUUUGUUUUAAAUACCCUUUGGUUCUUCUCAAUUUCCAAAGAUACAUUUUAUUAUGCUAAGAAGUACAAAGCAGUUCGUCUUAUCAGAUGAGCCUCAGGCAUUAUGUUUGUUUAAGAAAUGUUCUCAGUAUGUGUUUCAUGUAUAAUUAUUUCCCAGAAGCUGGAGAAAAGUAUUUCAGCACAGUCAGGAUUAUGAUUUCUGUGCAUUAACAGUGGAGUUGAUUUGUGCCAUGUACAAAUUCUUCUUAGCUGUAAACACAACUUGACUGGGGCCAGUGGGAGGGGGUUGUUUAUAAUAAAUGUUGGGGGAGAGUUGUAAUAAAUGCCUGUGUCUAUAAGAAUGCAAGGAAGGCUGGAGCAAGAUAGGGUGGGGGUAUGUAUUUAUAAGUAAAUAAAAUAUGUACUACUGGAACUAGAGUCUGAUAAAUAUUUUUUGCCCCAAAAAACCAUCCAUCUUCCCAUUGAAAAGGAAAUUCCUGGGGGAAAAAAUGCACCAGACAAGGAGGACCAACUACAGAGAUAAACCAGAAACGCCGUGCUAUGGAAGAAAAACAGGCUGGCUGUCCUUUUGUUACAGAUGUACCUGCACUUGUUUUUUAUCCUAUGUGAGAUGACUGGACUUCAGUUUUUAUCUAUUACAAAUGAAAAGGACCUGAUGUGUUUACUUUCAAAUCGCACAUUGGAACUGGCAGAAGAAGGAUGGCGUCUGUGUACAUAUGUAGGAGUAACACCGGCCUGUCCAGCUUCCAGACAUGCAGCAUCUGAUGAAGCAAAAUCCUCAUCUCCUUCUUAAAAUAACAUAGAGGAGAAAUGAAAUAAUCAUUUCUCUGUGAAAUGAAGCAAGAUUUCUCCUGUUGUAUUUUUUACAAUGCGUUUUAAACCUUGCUAGUUUCAAACUGUUAGUAGUCGUCUUAAAGCUUUACUUAAAAUAACGGCUUUAAUCAA